CGGCCUUGACAGCUUGUGCCUUGUGCGCCGUAGAAGUGGGGGGAAGCGAGUAGCGACGCUGGCGCAUGCGUGGUAGUGGGCAGGCUCGGGGGGCUCGGGUGGAGAGAGCCGCCGCCUGGGCACUGAGAGGAUUCCCCAGUUUUUGCGCUGCCGUUGCUGCCGCCACCACUACCACGACCGCCGCCGCCGCCGCCUGGGCCUGCUUAGCAGCUGCUGCCGUUGGAGUCCCGGCCCCUCCCGUAGGGAGGCAGGAAAGUCCCGGGAGCCGACGGGACAGGCGGGACCAUGUCCGGGCGCGCCCAGAGCGGCAAACUGUCCACGACGGAGCGCAUCGUGAAGGCUGUCCCUUUCCCUCCUACACAGCGGCUAACCCUGAAAGAAGUUUUUGAGGAUGGGAAGCCCAGGUUGGAGGUCUUAAAAAACCACUUGGUGAAAGAAGGGCGUCUGGAAGAAGAUGCAGCACUGAAGAUAAUCAAUGAUGGAGCUGCCAUCCUGAGACAUGAAAAGACCAUGAUUGAAGUUGAGGCUCCAAUCACAGUGUGUGGUGACAUUCACGGGCAGUUCUUUGACCUGAUGAAGUUGUUUGAAGUUGGAGGAUCACCCAAUAACACUCGCUACCUCUUCCUGGGAGACUACGUGGACAGAGGCUACUUCAGUAUAGAGUGUGUGCUGUAUUUAUGGAGUUUAAAGAUCAACCAUCCCAAAACCCUCUUCCUGCUCCGAGGGAAUCACGAGUGCAGGCACCUCACAGAAUACUUCACCUUUAAGCAGGAAUGUCGAAUCAAGUACUCGGAGCGGGUGUAUGAUGCAUGCAUGGAUACAUUUGACUGUCUUCCUCUUGCUGCCCUUUUGAACCAACAGUUUCUGUGUGUCCAUGGAGGGCUGUCUCCUGAAAUCACAUGUCUAGAUGACAUUAGAAAAUUAGACAGGUUUAAGGAGCCCCCAGCCUUUGGUCCAAUGUGUGACCUGCUGUGGUCUGAUCCAUCAGAAGAUUAUGGCAACGAGAAGACACUGGAACACUUUACCCACAACACUGUUCGAGGUUGCUCCUAUUUCUACAGUUACCCCGCGAUUUGUGAAUUUUUGCAAAACAAUAAUUUGUUAUCUGUGAUCCGAGCACAUGAAGCCCAGGAUGCCGGGUACCGAAUGUACAGAAAGAGCCAGACUACAGGUUUUCCAUCCCUAAUCACAAUCUUUUCUGCACCCAAUUAUCUAGAUGUCUAUAACAACAAGGCUGCUGUGCUGAAAUACGAAAACAAUGUCAUGAACAUCAGGCAGUUCAACUGUUCUCCACACCCCUACUGGCUUCCAAAUUUCAUGGAUGUUUUCACGUGGUCUCUGCCUUUUGUAGGGGAAAAGGUUACAGAGAUGCUGGUUAACAUCCUCAACAUCUGCUCUGAUGAUGAGCUCAUUUCAGAUGGAGACGAAACAUUGGACGAUAACUACAUUUCAAGCUAUCCGAAAGGAGGCACAAAUGCCCGUAAAGAGAUCAUCAGGAAUAAGAUCAGGGCCAUUGGGAAGAUGGCACGAGUCUUUUCGGUUCUUCGAGAGGAGAGCGAGAGCGUGCUGACGCUCAAAGGCCUGACUCCCACAGGUACUCUGCCCCUGGGAGUCCUUUCAGGGGGGAAGCAGACUCUGCAAACUGCCACAGUAGAAGCAGUAGAGGCACGGGAAGCCAUCCGUGGAUUUUCGCCACAGCAUAAGAUUCGCAGCUUUGAAGAAGCCAGGGGGCUAGAUCGUGUCAACGAGCGCAUGCCGCCCCGCAAGGAUUCAAAGCACCCAGAUGGGCCGGUGAACUUGACCUCAACAAACUCUGCGGAAAAGAACGGGACAGGGAAGAAAGCCCAGUAACAGUUCAAGCCGCCCAGUCUGUAUCACUAAAGGAUCCAAAACUUAACGAAUUCUAUUUAUUUAUUAUGAAGUGGGGGGAGGGGGGGGAGAAACCAACUUAGCCUGGAGGCACAUCCAUAAUCCAGUUUGCAUCCAUUCUGUAAGAGAGGUGACCAUUUUGUAAGUUUUUUAAAUUUUAUGUUCAAUAUAUAAGAAGUCAUCUUUUUUUUAAUUUAGGAAUGGGUCUAAAUACUAGUGCAUAUAUAAAGUGUUGUUCUGUACAGAUGGCCCCUUCCCUGCCAAAAGGGAAGGAGCCUGUGUUGUGGGAGGGAAGCAGAAAACAGCCCAGGGCGACUCUCCUGUCUGAGUCAUUGGAACCGUUUUAACCUAUCCUCGUUUUAAAAAGUGGCAUCUUUGAUUUGAAAACGACAUUCUUCUCCCAGCUUUUGCUGUUUCCCCCCCCCCCUUCUAUUCCUCACAGCAUCCGAUGCUCCAGCAGUUGACUUCUAUUAAAGGCAUGUUGCAUAGGGCAAUUGGUAGAUUCUCCUUUUUGGGACCCUGUGUUAGAAGCAAAUGUUGAAAUCCAGCUCCAGAUAAAUUGCUGGAACUGGGGAAUGAAACUCUCCCAUCUCCUCUCUUUCUCUCUCUCUCUCUCUGCCUCCUCAAAUGUUCCCAUUGCUUUUCCCUUCGGGAAUCUGGUUUCAGCAGAGAAAUAAAAAAAUCUCUUGGAAUAAACCAAUGGGUGGGCUUUGAUGAAUGUGAUCCUGUGGCCUCCAUUCAUCUGAAAGUCUCUCUGGCUCGCUCGCUCUUUUGCGUCCACCCAUCUGGCUGCUUGUAUUUUCCAGGCACAUAACCAUAAAUGCAUCAGCAUCACACAGGUGGGAUUUAUGUUGGCUUCUCCGUGCAAAAACAACCUGCACAGAUUGUCCUGGAGUUGUGAUUUUAAUGUGAAAACCUGUAUGAGAUUAGUAUUUUGAGAAAGAGGCCCUUGCCCUUCUUCCCACAUCCUGCCUUUCACACGCACUGCACUAAAAUGGCUUCAUAAUGUGAGCCCCAGCAGAAAAUAGUUCUGAGCUGUGCCUGUCCAGGGGCUUCCUGCAUUCCCAGUUUUAGAAUUGUGAGUGGUGUGGGAAAUGUGAGCUGUAGGAAGAAGGUACAGUUUGGGGUGGAGUUCUGCACCAAUAGAACUGGCUUCCUUUAUCUGGAUCAUACCACCCGCAUUGCCCAGCCUUGGGGUAUGAGGACAGGUGGAAAACCCGCUCAAGCUAGGAAUGCAUGCUUGGUUGGGGGUGUCCGUUGGACUCCGAGAGGACCAGCAGACCUAAAAGAAGACCUAUGCAUGGCUUCUGCAUGAAAAUGGACAGAGCUCUCUUAAGCUGAGUACUAAAGGCUUCUCAGUAAUCUCAGGGGCACAAUCAACCAGUAAGAGCUGCUGAUUCUUCAGCCUCCAUAAUAAUUGGGGAAAUUACCUUUCGUAUGACGCUGGAGUCGUUGGCAUUUUGGCCAGCAAGCGUGGGCUGAAUUUCCAUGAUCAAAGCAUCUUCCGUCCGCAUUAGCUCAAGGGGCUGGGAGCCUGCACUCCUACCAUGUUCUGCUCAACCCUGCAUCUCCCUGCAGGUUGGACUUGGAAAAGUCAGCCAGCUGUUAUUGCUGUGAACAGGAGCCACCACUGCGUCCUCCGCUCUCGCUGCCCCAAGCUCGUAGAAGUGACAGCUGCUUCACGCUAUCUGUGAAAAGGGUGUUUGUGGGCAGGCACAGAUCCCUUAAUUCAAGUUUGCAUCUGGCAAAGCAAAGCUUGCCUCUUCCUCAAAGGAUAAAAAACCUUGACGGCAUGAUUGCUCAGUUGACUGAAUAUCUCCGUCUUGUUGUUUGCCAAGUAUUUUAAAACCCACCAAGGGUUUUUACAAAUGCAGGGAACGUGUUUACUGCAGGCUUUAAUCAAAGCCCGCAAUUGUCCUUGGGGUGACUCAUGAGUAGCAUUCUGUAAGGAAGGGAAGUAUCUUUUCUCAGCAAGAAGAAGGACACACGUGGGUGGAUGUUGCAGGUGGAAAGUUGGGGUGGUAGUUAAAGCUUAGGAGAGUUGGGGUGACCCAUUCUCUUUUUAAACAUGCAAGUUAAUGGCCAGAUGGCCCUGCACGGGGAACCCUCUGAAGACUUGAGAAGAGCAAAUUUAGGAGUAGAACCAGUGAUUGGUCAGCAGCUGGAGCCAGAGGUCUUUGUUCUGUGAUGGAUAUGUGUUUUCAGUCCGAGUUGGAAGCAGGGAGGGGGUGUUAUAAUGUGCCAAAGAACAGCAACUGAACAGAUGGAUUGUGCAUUGACGAAGGGACCCCUGAGUGUGGAUUAAUGAGACUGAUACGUUUCCGUUAUUCUAACUUUGAUGGAAACCAGGCCAUGGUGAUGUUGGUGGCGUCGUUUUUAAUCCAAACUUGAUCAUUUGUUGGAAGGAGGUGCAGAUGCCUUCUCCUUGGGAUUACCUCACUUAGUUCCCCCGCCUCCGUUUGUGGUAUGUUUGAAUUGGUCUUCCACCAGCAAUUCUUUCGUCCACCCUCUUCUGGCUUCAUCAGAUGGAACAAUCAGGCAGCGCAGGUCAGGGCAGAACCUCCAAAGGAUGUCACUUCUUUCCCCAGUUCAGAAGCCUCCUCGUUCAGAAUUAUGACAUUGGUGGGUUUAUCUGCAUUUCAGAGCAGAGGUGGGUGGGUGGGUUAUGUCCUCAUUGCCACCCUUUUUACAUCAACUGCUGCUUUGAAACUGUGUGAAUUUUAUUUGCGUUAAACUGUGCAUGCCUCCUUUCACAGCGGGGGUCGGAACCGCUGCCCUUGCGCUAAGAGGGCCUGAUGUGGAGGGCCUCCAGACUGAGAGAUGCAAACUCUUAUGGACCAUCCAGAGUGAAGGGAACUUGCACCUUCAUGGCACGUACUUUGGGCAAUGCGGCUGCAGCCUUUCCGCCUGCUCUCAUGAUGCUUCUGGGAAUAUGUCAAAACUUCCACCCAGGGGGUUGGGCCUUCCUUGUUCAUUUACAUAACAUGCAAAUGAUGGACCUCCCAGGUGGGUGCGUGGGAGGGAUUAUGAAUUAUGUCAAUCUGUGUGGAAGCCCAACCGUGGAUUGGAUGGAAGUCUUCAUAUAUCCCAGGGAGCCACGUGGAAGCCAUCAAGGCAACCAUAUCACCUGAAUCUCAGCCACAGAAUUCUGGAUCCUUUCAUGUCUCAUUUUUUCUUGGUGUCAGGAAGAUACAGCCAACGUCUCCCUGCUCAUCGCUUUUGGGAAAUGUUAAUUCUUGGCAAUGGUGUACACGUGACCCUCUUUGCCUACUGGACAGUUGUAAUUUUGCACACGGCCUGCUUUUUUAUUUAAAUUGAAAAGGCCCAUGGGCCCUAAAAUACCAGGCUCUUGGCUUCUCCUUGCAGACUGGCUAGGUACAUCCUGCAGCUCCUUCAUCUCUUUAUACCCCAUUUUCCUUUUUCUCCUCUCGAGUAAAAUGGUGACCCUAAAGCCACUGCUUUCCUGGUGUGGUGGUUUUUGCUCUGGAGACCUGGAAUGAUCUAUCCACCUGGUCUCCCUCCUGCCCACAAAAUAGACUCGCCUCCUUGGAUUGCACCACAUUUGAAAAACGGGCGGUGUGACGGUUUCUGAAAUGCCAGUGCCAGGCAGCCCCAAGUUCUGUCACAGAGAGGCCCCAGUCUCUGCUGGAGCAGCUGUUCCAAGGAAGUGUCAUUUCUGAGGCAGGAGGAGAUGUUCACUUCCACAGGCAGGAGCUCUGGGUCCUUUCCCUUCCUUUCAGGAUCACUCCGAUGCCCUCAAUUUAAAGAUCCUAUGUUCCGCACAGAAAGACCACUGGCUGUCAGGCCAAGCCUAGGUUCUGGUUGCUAAGGGAACGGUAGCACUGGGGCUUCUUGUUCGCUCAGCACAGCAGCAGUGAUCUGGAGGGGGGCUGGGGUGAGCAGUGGCAUGGUUUGGGGGAGGGGGCAUUCAUUUCCCCCCCCCCCAUUAGGUAAUGAUCAUUCUGUAAUACGUCUUCAGCUGCCUGCCUCCCUUUUUCCUGAAGGAGUGAGUGAAAUUCCUGAUACUUUAAAAACAGCGAAGUGGGUGACAAGGGGCAGACCUUGGCCUGGAAGAGGAGCAAACUCUUGACAUCUACACUCCUCCCUUUGAGUUCCCUUUUCUCUCUCUUUCCGUCUCCAGUUCUCCCUUUCCUUCAGCCCCCUUAGCAAAGAGUUGGAAAUGCAGAGUUGACACCAGCUUCCAAUGAUCAGCACUGAAGCCUUAACGCUUGCCUGCUUUUCUUUUGACCUGGGAAAGAGAGACACAGCCCCUUCCUGGCGAGGAGUUGGCCCCGGCUUCACUAAAGCCAAUGUGACAUUUCUUGGUCCUUUAAACAGAAUACAGAAGCUGGGGAGAGCACCUUGGUACAUGUUAACCACAGUGAAGACUGGGCCCAACUUCUGCCUUAACUGUGGUGAAGGACCGUGAGUGCAUGCAGAAUUCGCACAAGAGAGGGCAGGGAUUAGGGGAAGGAAGCGUGAUGUUCCUUACCGGCUCCUGAUCUCUUAGCCAUGAUGAAGAGAUGGGGAUGUUUGCACAUACAGCAGCCCUCAGAGUGAUCUCCGGUCAUAAGAUAGCAACCCAAAGAUCCAGCGCUCCAGAAGGGGCCUCCACUAACCAUGUUAAAAAGUGGCAUCCCGGUUGUGGCAUGCAAGUGCUGCCGUCCCAUGUUAUGCCUGUAAAGAGGAGAAUUUGGUGUUCAAAACGGUGCUGGAUUGCGGGGUGUGUGUGUUAAAAAUUACGUGCAAGUACUGGGGAAACCGACUUGGGUCGAUUGUCCCAUUCCACCUUCCUUGGAGAUGUAAAUGCCAUAAGGGGUCUUACUCCUCCUCUUCCCACCCCUCCCACUCCAUUCUCCUCUGUUGUGGUGGUGGUGUUUUAAUUCCAGGGACAAUCUUGAGCGAUGGCAGCGGCAAAAAAUUAAAGAAACAAAAAGCCAAGAAAACAACCCGCCAGCCCAUCAGAUUCCAGAGUAUUCAUGGCUGUGUGCACUGCCCCCUUAACUGUGAGGUUGCCUAAAAGCAGCCUUUUAUUUUUUAAAUCGUUAUCUUGCAUGAUAAAAA